AUGAGCUCUACAAUCAAACAUCCAGAAACAUUCUCAAGCGAGGAUGAGUAUCCCUUUAUGAGGAUAAAUAGAACUUUCAAGGUGUUCACAGGUAUUGGAAUGGGUAUUCUAUUUGGUUGUUUGGUUAACGUUCUGUCGAAGCGUCCAUACCUCAACCGUCCACACAUUCACGUCACUGCUGCCACUGCACUCGGUGUGAUCAACUACAAGUCAUACGAUCUCCAAGAGUCACUGCACAAGAAGAACUUCACCGUCCUGGCCAAGUAUCAGGAUCGUUUGAAGAGACAGGAGUUUGUCAAGAGCGAGAUUGCCAAGUCAGAGCUUUAG